AAUGACAUCAUAACCUAUUUUGAAUACAAACCACUUGACAACAAAUCUUGAGCGGUGGCAAUGUUGUGAAAAAAACUUGUGUUAAUUAGAAUCUAGCGGUCCGUGAACGGUCAAAUUUGAAAUUUAAUGCGGUUCCGUUUCGUUACUGAUAUCUGUCAGAGGUUUAUUAGGACAAUGGCUAACGCAGAGAGGCCAAAAGUUGUGUUCGUCCUUGGAGGCCCAGGAGCAGGAAAAGGAACGCAAUGUGAUAAUAUUGUACGGGAGUUCGGCUUCGUUCAUCUAUCGGCAGGAGACCUGCUCCGUGAAGAGAGAAAUACUCCCGGAUCCCAGUACGGUGAGCUAAUAGACCAGCGAAUCAAGGAUGGCCUCAUUGUGCCUGUUGAGAUUACGUGCAAACUCUUGGUCACAGCCAUGGAGAAGUCUGGCAAGAAUAAGUUCCUGAUCGACGGGUUCCCCAGGAAUAAGGAUAACUUGGAUGGAUGGAACAAGGAAAUGGGUGAAAAAGUGGAGCUAUUGUUCGUGUUAUUUUUUGACUGUCCGCUUGACGUAUGUAUUCAGCGGUGCCUCAAGCGUGGAGCUGCAGGAAGCGGGCGCACUGACGACAAUGAGGAAAGUUUGAAAAAACGAAUAAAUACCUACAACAAUGAUUCUCUGCCCAUUAUUAAACAUUUUGAGGCUCAGAAUUUGGUUCGUAGGAUUGAGGCUGAUAAGUCUCCAGAUGAUGUUUUCACGGAAGUUAAAACUUUGUUCCAAAACGUAUGACCUUCCUAAGCGUGUUAUAUUUUCCUACUUAAGACAUGAACUUUUUGUUGUACUGUUAGACUUUAACAAUUUUAUGUAAAUACUGAAAUGAACUCCAAGAGUGAACAAUGGCUAAUGAUUAGAUGCAUACGUAUCUCCUAGAGGUACAAACUUUAGCUCGUUUAAAGCUGGGUUGAUUUGCAGUAAAAAUGGAAUUUUUCAAAUCCUAAAGUUUUCUUUGCAAAUGAAAAGGAACCUAGUUUUCAUUGAAACUGAAGUUGUUAAUACCUACCGUUGAUUAGAUCUGUAAUCUAUUCAUGAAUGAAUAUUUGUGUGGCAUUUAUACCUAAGUAAUUUAAGUGCAAGAGGAUCAUUGUUUGUUUCCUUCUCACGUAUAGGGUUGGGAUUGUUUAGUUUUUAGAUUGAUAUAAUAGAAGCAGAGAGCUCCUUUUAGACUAAGCAAAGGCUAAUUUACAGUUCUUUCCGUUUGUUGCUGAUUCGCUUCUUUAUUUCUUCUUUUUUUUCGGCAGUAAUUUUGUGAUUUUUAAGAAGAGUGUGUUAAAAGACUUCGAAUACCAGAUUUAAGAGAGAGAGCUAAGUUUUCAACUCUUUGUUGACCCAAAAUUAUUUUUUGAAGGUUUUCAUUAUUAAAAUAUGAGGUUUGUCAUAAUAAUAAUUCGAAAGUAGACGUAAGUUUAAAUUAAUUGUGAUAAUUAUUGUAAUUUUAUAAAUACAUCUAAACUGCGUAAACUUUUAA